UACCUCCUGCAGUACCAGGAAGUCACUCUCAGUUUCAUAUAUCUCCGGAUCUUUCUCACACACGUUCAGAGAAACUACAAUCCAUUCUGAACUAAAACUGGCAUCCGGCACACUGAGCAGUGAAAUGGCCGAGGCCAGUAUCUCGGUGUCUCAGAACGAGUUCGUCUGCGUGAUCUGUCUGGAUCUGCUGAAGGACCCGGUGACAAUUCCCUGCGGACACAGCUACUGCAUGGGCUGCAUUACGGACUGCUGGGAUCACACUGGCGUCCACCGCUGUCCGCAGUGCAGAGAGUCCUUCAGCCCGAGGCCCGCUCUGGGCAGAAACACCAUGCUGGUCCAAGUGGUGGAGAAACUGAAGAAGACGGGACUCCAAGCUAACGUCUGCAAAGGUGAAAUGUCAAAGACCUCCCAGGGAGACAGAGCAGUGGGCAUUUAUGAUGGCUUUACUGAGACCGGGGAGCCCUCAGAAGCCAGAGCCACAGCAGCUGAAGUGGAGACCUGUCCCCUCUGCAUGAAGCCCUUGCAGAACAAGCAGAGGCUGAUAUGUACUCAUGCCUUCUGUGCAGCCUGUCUGGAGAGAUCUACAGAAAGACUGGGUCUCCAGUGUCCAGUGUGUCUAAAAGCACUAGGACUGCUGGGGGACCAGCCAGAGGGACAGAUGACAUGGAUAAGUGGGUUCAACAUUUUUAGAAAUAAAUACUUUAGGAUUAUAUACGAUAUUCCCAGUGGAACACAGACGGGGGCCCAUCCCAACCCUGGGAAGCCCUUUACUGGAAUCCGGACAGCAGCCCUUUUACCAAACACCCCAGAUGGCGAGGAGGUGCUCUACCUGCUGCGAAGAGCCUUUGACCAGAAGCUGGUUUUUACUGUGGCUGCAACCGGUGGAGCUGCAGACAGAGUCGUCUUCCGUGACAUCCCCCAUGCAACAUACGGCCUUAAAUGCAGACGACGUGGCUUCUUGCAGAAGGUGAAGGCAGCGCUCAAAGCCAAAGGCAUUCAAUGACUGGAUCUAAUUGUUCUAUAAAAACACAUCGUAUAAAAUGCUUUAAUAAAAGCUGAGAAUCUGCACUUCAAACACAUGAAUUUCUUAUUACAAAUCUAAAGUUUUGGUGUACACAGCCAAACCAAGUUGUCCCAAACAUACUAAGGAGCUCACUAUACAUUUUGUAAGAUUUAUAUAAAAUUGGUUUUGUGGUCUGUUUCGACUAAAAUAUUUUUAGUUGUGUUACAUCCUUUAAUUGUGCUGGAUUAAGGCAACGAGAUUUCAGUGCAUUCCGUUUUUAACUGUACAAAAGAAAAACAAGAAGAAAAAAGAAACCCUAGGGGCAAAUGCUUUCAGAGUACACAUUGAGCCUGUUGCAGCACAAUCUGGGCUAAUACAGAGGCCAUACAUUCUUAGCGAAGCAGAAAA